CCGGGGUGAAUUCAUCACCUCGUGUUGGACGGGAGGCUCGAAAGCCUCCUUGAGGCUGGCUGUUUGCCUUCUCCCUCCACAAAUAAAGCAGAGCUUGCUUCUAGUGGAGACCCCCGAGGGCCUUCUCCUCAGUUCGGAGGUGAAAGGGUGCUGGUCAACAACGAGCCCGACCGUCCAGCUCGUGCCGUUCCUCUUCCACGCGUUUUUCAUCUAUCGUUUCGAUACUCUCGACUAGUCGAGCCAGAGCGCUACUUGCUCGUCCCAUCAACCCACCAUAAUGAAUCGGUUAUUUCGAAGCAGCGAACGCAAAGACUAUCCCAAGACUCCCAAGAUCUCUAGUAUCGCUCUUCCGCCUAGUCCUACUUCAAACACUUCCUUUGUCACUAUGCAAAGUUUUAUGAUGCCACGAAAUGCUACGCCAGCCGUUCAUAAUCGAUCGGCAACGCCAGUCUCGUCUUCUGGAAGACGGCACACUAUACCCGAUCCUACUCUCCACCAUCGAACGAGAACAAAUUCUACCUCAAGCCACGGGACCUCAGAGAAGCCCAUUAAAGGAAUAUUAAAGAACUCGACAUCUGGAAUGAGACCAGCGGCUCCAGAUCAGUCUUCUGGAAGACAAAGCAUCAUGGUACCACCGGAGAGCCAGUCUCACCGAGAGAGAACUAUGUCGAAUUCAUCUACGUUUUCGUCAGCUAUCAAACCUCUGAAGAGCAUACUCAAGAAGACAACAAAGGGAACGGAGACGAAUCUUUCAGCAUCUAUUCUUGUGGCACCAUUCGCAUCAUCAACUAGACGAAGAACCUCAGCGGAUUACUCUGUCUCGGACACGGAAGCAUAUACUAAGCGUACUGAAGCUACCCGUGCCAGUUCACGGCUACACAAGCCAGACAGGCAUUAUCCAGACGUACACUCUAAACCUCUUUCGGAUCUGCAUUCAAAGUAUGCAGACAAGCCGAUUACCAUCUCUCAUUCCCAGGAUGAGAAGGCGAUACCUAAGAAGGGUUGGGAAACCCCCGACAUAAAGAAGAUGAACCAGAAUAGCUAUAACUUGGGGAUGGCCUUGAAGUCUGACCACCUCAUCACCUCAGAACCUCUGAAACUUUCGGUAAUAUCACUCGAUUGGGUACUCGUGCGUCAGGAUAAUCCAAAAAAGCGGCCUCUGGAGUGCUAUCAUUUUGCCCCCUUAUUUGACAUGAUGUAUCAACCUGAUCCUCACCCGUACGACCCGACGGGUUCGUACAAACCAGGAGCAGUUGUUUACGAUAGGAGGAAAAGGCGGCCUAUCGCUGAUGAGACAGCGGGACGAUACUUCCGACGCCCGGCAUCCUCGCAUUGCAGACUUGACAUCAUGCACCUGUUCAUGGGUUCCAAUCCUGAAUGGAAGACCACGGUUCACAGCGUAGACCCCGCAGGGAUUCGGCCCAUAGACGUGUUCAGAGCGAUUUUCGACAUGUUGCAAGCCCCCCUUACUUCCCGAGAGAUGGCGAUCGUUAGCAAGAACAAAGAAGGCCUCCGAGAAUGCGAGCGUUUCCGCGAUGAACGAAUAAAAACCUCGCCUGUGUUGCCGGCAGUUGCGCUUGCCAAAGGUUGCGUUCGGGUCGACGUUCUUGGAAACUAUCGCUACUUUAACGGUCUCGUUCAGGUCGGGGAUUGUGAAUGGAUCGUGGAAAGUUGUCAUCCCAAACAGUCGCCUCAUCUGAUUUGAAUUAUUUUUUUUUCGGCCGUGGCUGGCACCGUAUUUCUUGAACGGUUUCUCUUCCUAUCAUGCGACAACAGCCUCUCAUUCAUUCUACUGUAAUUUUAUAAUUUACUAUCCAUUGGUGAGUCAUAUACUGCAGGCAUGAGGUGUAUAUUAACCACUUCUGCUUCCAGUAUCUCCUUUCACUCUAACGCAUUCAUUUUCCACAUUUGUAUCGCACAUCAUCAAUCUGCAUCUUGAACUGUUGUUGUCUUCAUUUUCUUCCCCCCUCUUUUUCGCGUUCUGGAUUUACUGAUUUUUCUCUCAUUAUCUGAGGCCUUUUCCCAUAUGUUGCUGCUGUCGCAGUUUCCAUUGUAUAAGCCCAUGCGUAUACCAACGUCAUCGUUUUUGUAGUUUUGCUACCCCCCGCAUUACCCCCCUCGCCUACCAUUAUGCACGUUUACCCCGCACCAACUCUUUCGACCUUUUCACACAUGUGUUUUGCGCUAUCCCUUCCAUCGUCGUCACAAUCAGUCACUCUCCUAAUAGGAAAUAAUCAACCUCACCGAUC